UUUUACGUGUACUGACAUUCCAAAGCUUCGCAAACUGUAUAGAACUACCAGAAAACGCAUGUCAAUCGUCUUUAAAAACUAUUACCUAUGUUGCAAAUUGUCCAACAAAUACCGAAGAAUACAAUACCGCAGCUCUUCGGAAAGGAUGCAGCAGAUUAAACAAUACCUGUAAUUCAUUUGAAUAUCAUUGUGUUCUUAAUGAAAGGAUGACAAGUCUGUUGGAAGUGUGUGCACCUUCCACAUUUAUUUUGUCCGGAAAGUGUACGGAAUUUAACAAGGAAUGUCAGUGUAUCAGGAAAAGUUACUUUGCAGACUGCUCACAAUUUUCUAAACCAUGCCCAGACGAUUACAACUCAACUACAUCAUUCUUGUAUUCACAGUGUCAUAAAAUGAUAAGCACAACAACAGACAAAAUGACCGAUGCGACAAUAAAAGACAUGCAAACGACAGAACAGCAACCCAAGAGAGUAAUUGAUAGCCCAAUUACUUUGACAACCAUAGUAAUUCCUUUAUCCAUUACGUUAAUAAUCAUCAUCCUCAUAUCAUUUUUCAUCAUUCGAAGAAAGAAAGGAAUGGGCUCAUGUUAUGACGUUUUGUCACCCAGAAGAUCAAAUGUAGACCAGAGAGCCUCAUCCAGACCAUUAUCUGGAGAUGAGCCUAUGCUGAUGAAGGAACACUAGGACAACACUGAAUAAAUAAAAAAAAAAAAAAAAGAGAAAAGAAAAAAGAAGUGAAAUAGAGUUUUUACACCAAAUUCAAUACUGAAGACCAUAAAAGUAAUUGUGAUUGUGAGGACAAGCAUACCUAGUGGACUAUUUCCAAAGAUUUACAAUUGAUCAUUAUUUGCUAUACUGCCAAUAUAUAAUAAGCAUUUUUUGAAUAAUUAUAUAUAAUUUUUGU